GCUCAAGGCGUGCCUACUGCGUGUUUCGCAGCUUUGAAGUCGCGGUCUAGCUUCGUUCAUUUCUGUAAUUCUUUGCCCUUGACCAUCAUCUGCUAGUCUGCCCGUCAUGUCAACAGGUCUCGGUUCCGAAAUUGUUUCUGUUAUUAACAAACUGCAAGACGUGUUUACCGCCGUUGGUUCCUCAGCAUCCCAAAUAGACCUGCCACAGAUUUGCGUGCUUGGAAGUCAAAGUAGUGGUAAGAGUAGUGUGCUCGAGAACAUCGUCGGAAGAGAUUUUCUUCCUCGUGGCACUGGUAUCGUGACACGGCGACCACUAGUCCUUCAACUCAUUAACCGUCCCGCAACUGCGCCUCAAGCAAAUGGGACAUCAAAUCCACAACUCAACGGCAGUGAUAAGCAGGCGAACGAAUCGGAGUGGGGUGAAUUCCUGCACCUUCCUGGUGAAAAGUUCUAUGACUUCAACAAAAUUCGUGCCGAAAUCGUUCGAGAUACAGAAGCUAAGACUGGUCGCAAUGCAGGCAUCUCACCACAACCGAUCAACCUACGCAUAUUCUCUCCCAACGUCCUUACCCUCACUCUCGUCGACUUGCCUGGUCUAACCAAAGUCCCUGUCGGAGACCAGCCCAAAGACAUUGAAAAGCAAAUCAAGGACAUGCUGGUCAAGUAUAUCUCGCGGCCAGCAUGUAUCAUCUUGGCUGUCACCGCCGCCAAUACAGACUUGGCGAACUCUGAUGGUUUGAAGCUAGCUCGGGAGGUUGACCCAGAAGGAACGAGAACGAUUGGUGUAUUGACUAAGGUCGACCUUAUGGACCAAGGAACGGACGUCGUGGAUAUCCUUGCAGGACGCGUCAUCCCGUUACGUUUAGGAUAUGUGCCAGUGGUAAACCGAGGACAGCGCGACAUUGACACAUCCAAGACAAUUGGCGCUGCAUUGGACGCGGAGCGCAGUUUCUUCGAGUUACACCCUUCGUACAAAGGGAAAGCCCAGUAUUGCGGAACUCCUUUCCUUGCCCGUAAGCUAAACAUGAUCCUCAUGCAACACAUUCGUGCCACUCUGCCCGACAUCAAAGCCCGUAUAAGCCAGCAGCUUCAGAAAUUCACUGCCGAGUUGGCUACCCUGGGUGGUCCUUUGGGUGAUGCAUCCUCUGGCAACAUAGUCCUUUCGGUCAUUACGGAGUUCACAAAUGAAUUCCGAACGGUCAUUGACGGUAACACCAACGACCUCUCGCUGAAUGAGCUGAGUGGUGGUGCACGAAUCAGCUUCGUCUUCCAUGAGUUAUUCAAUAAUGGUGUCAAGAGUAUCGACCCCUUCGACCAGGUCAAGGAUGGGGAUAUUCGAACUAUUUUAUACAAUUCUUCGGGUCAAACACCAUCCCUUUUUGUUGGCACGCAAGCCUUUGAAAUCAUUGUCAAGCAACAGAUUAAGCGACUGGAAGAGCCUAGUGUUAAAUGUUGUCAGCUUGUAUAUGACGAACUUAUUCGCAUCCUCGGACAACUCUUACAAAAAAUUCAAGCCUUCAGACGUUUCCCUGCGCUCCGGGAGCGCUUUAACUCCGUUGUAAUUAAUUUCUUCAAGAGUGCGAUGAAUCCCACUACGAAGCUUGUAAUUGACAUGGUUUCGUGCGUUCAUAAUGGCAGAUUUAAUCUUUCUUUUACAUUCUUACGCACUUGGUUGACUAGGAUGCAAGCAUGUUAUGUCAACACGACUCACCCCGACUUCCUUAAUGGACACAGGGCUAUGUCAAUAGUUCAAGACAGACUGAACGCUAACAAACCUCCAACGCCAGUUCCAGACGCCAAGUCAGGGAAGCUUGCUGCGGGUCAAAUCAACAAUAAUCGUGACUUGGAUGUUGAUAUCAAGAAGGAAGAGCCGAGUUUCUUUGGCUCAUUCUUCUCGUCUGCCAAGAAGGGGCAACCUAAGAAGGCCGGUCCCGUCAUGGAGGCCCCUCCAGCUGUGAUUAGACCCCUGUCCGCUCUCAGUGAGAGGGAAACAAUGGAGACUGAAGUUAUCAAGCUGCUGAUCCAUUCAUAUUUCAACAUCGUCAAACGCGAAAUGAUCGACAUGGUUCCAAAGGCCAUUGUACUAACGCUCGUCAACCACUCGAAAGAGAACUUGCAACGCGAGCUUCUUCAAGAGUUGUAUAAACCUGAAGUGCUCGAUGACUUGAUGAAAGAGAGUGACUUUGUCGUCAAUCGCCGGAAAGAGGUUGUUAGUAUGGUUACGGCGCUGAACAAGGCCGAAGAGAUCGUUGCUGGUGUUUAGACACGUGAACUACUAUGGGGAAGUUUCACGCAGGUCCUUUGCAUGACCUCGUAGCCGUUGUGCUUAUGGACCGACUAUUAGUAUUAAUACCCUCUACACAAUAUGUUCUACCAGGUACCAGACUUCAUA